AUGGCUGAUGGUGAGGACAUCCAGCCUCUUGUCUGCGACAAUGGCACGGGAAUGGUCAAGGCUGGUUUUGCUGGUGAUGAUGCACCAAGGGCUGUUUUCCCUAGCAUCGUGGGCCGUCCUCGUCACACUGGUGUCAUGGUAGGGAUGGGACAGAAGGACGCGUAUGUUGGUGACGAGGCACAGUCCAAGAGAGGUAUUCUCACACUCAAGUACCCGAUUGAGCACGGUAUUGUCAGCAACUGGGAUGACAUGGAGAAAAUCUGGCAUCACACUUUCUACAAUGAGCUCCGUGUUGCCCCCGAGGAGCACCCUGUGCUGCUCACUGAAGCUCCUCUGAACCCAAAGGCCAACAGGGAGAAGAUGACCCAGAUUAUGUUCGAGACUUUCAAUGUUCCUGCCAUGUAUGUUGCCAUUCAAGCCGUGCUCUCCCUCUAUGCUAGUGGGCGUACUACUGGUAUUGUUCUUGACUCUGGUGAUGGUGUGAGCCACACUGUGCCCAUUUACGAAGGAUAUGCCCUUCCUCAUGCCAUUCUUCGUUUGGAUCUUGCUGGUCGGGACCUCACGGACUCCCUCAUGAAAAUUCUGACCGAGAGGGGUUACACCUUCACAACCUCUGCCGAGCGAGAAAUUGUAAGGGACAUCAAGGAGAAGCUUGCAUAUAUAGCCCUUGACUAUGAACAAGAGUUGGAAACUGCCAAGAACAGCUCCUCAGUUGAGAAGAGCUAUGAGCUUCCUGAUGGUCAAGUAAUAACCAUCGGUGCAGAGAGAUUCAGGUGCCCUGAGGUCCUCUUCCAGCCAUCCAUGAUUGGUAUGGAGGCUGCUGGAAUCCAUGAGACAACAUACAAUUCAAUCAUGAAGUGCGAUGUGGAUAUCAGGAAGGACCUCUAUGGCAACAUUGUGCUCAGUGGAGGUUCAACUAUGUUCCCGGGUAUCGCUGAUCGUAUGAGCAAGGAGAUCACUUCCCUUGCACCAAGCAGCAUGAAGAUCAAGGUUGUUGCACCACCUGAGAGGAAGUACAGUGUCUGGAUAGGAGGGUCGAUCCUAGCCUCGCUAAGCACUUUCCAACAGAUGUGGAUAUCGAAGGAGGAGUAUGAUGAGUCUGGACCAGCAAUUGUUCACCGGAAGUGCUUCUAA